GCGCCCGGGGGCCCAGGCAGGGGGCGGGAGGAAGCGCAGGGCUGCGCGGGCCGCCCGGGCCCAGGAGAAGCGGAGCAGAGAGGAGCUGGGACACGGGCGGGGCCGCCGCAGCUCCGGAUGGGACCAGCGCCCUGGGCCCGUUAGUCCCAGCAGGAGCUUCGGGAGAAGCCUUCUCAGGGAGAUUCACCCCUGCCUUCCUUCCCCUCCGGCCCAGGCCUCGCUUCGCUCCCCGCCGCCCAUGGUCCCAGUCCUUCCGCCGCGCCAGCCCCCUCCCACCUUAUCCCCCUGGUCCUCCUUUCCGCGGCUCUCUGCCCUCCUAGCCCCUUCGGCUGUGAGGUGCCCCCCAAGCCUUCUCUUUGUACCAGCCUGCCCCCCACCCCCACCCCAUCCCAGUCUCGGAUCCCCUUUUCCUUCUCAGCUUCAGAUUCAUCAGCCGACUUCACCCCUCACUGUCCACAUCCCAGUCACAGGCCCCCUCGGCCCCUCCGUCCCCCUGCCACCCUACCCUUAGUCCUCCUCAGCCCGUGCCCGGGGCUGCUGGACCCAGUCCUCACCCGCUCCCCGGGGCUCCCUUCCUCCGUCCUCUUCCUCGCCCAUCCCUGCCCCUCUCCCGUGUCCCAGCCCUCCUGGCUCAUCAUCACUUCUCUUCUGGCGAUCUUCCCCUGGUUCCAGGCUGGGUGGUGCUGGGGCCUCCCCCGUAGGCCCGCCUGGCCCCGGCUUCUGGGGGCGGUGGGGCCCCCGCUUUCUCCCCAUGGCACUGCCAUCUCUCCUGCUGGUCGUGGCAGCCCUGGCAGGUGGGGUGCGCCCUCCCGGGGCGCGCAACCUGACGCUGGCGGUGGUGCUGCCCGAACACAACCUGAGCUAUGCCUGGGCCUGGCCGCGGGUGGGUCCCGCUGUGGCCCUUGCCGUGGAGGCGCUGGGCCGGGCGCUGCCCGUGGACCUCCGCUUCGUCAGCUCGGAGCUGGACGGCGCCUGCUCUGAGUACCUGGCCCCUCUGCGCGCUGUGGAUCUCAAGUUGUACCAUGACCCCGACCUUCUGUUGGGCCCGGGUUGCGUGUACCCCGCCGCCUCUGUGGCUCGCUUUGCCUCACACUGGCGCCUUCCCCUGCUGACCGCGGGUGCUGUGGCCUCUGGGUUUUCGGCUAAGAGUGAGCAUUACCGAACCCUGGUGCGCACUGGCCCCUCUGCUCCCAAACUGGGUGAGUUUGUAGUGAUGCUCCACGGGCACUUCAACUGGACCGCCCGUGCUGCCUUGCUGUAUCUGGAUGCUCGCACAGAUGACCGGCCUCACUACUUCACCAUUGAGGGCGUCUUUGAGGCCCUGCAGGGCAUCAACCUCAGUGUACAGCACCAGGUGUAUGCCCGUGAGCCGGGGGGCCCUGAGCAGGCCACCCACUUCAUCCGGGCCAACGGGCGCAUUGUGUACAUCUGCGGCCCUCUGGAGAUGCUGCACGACAUCCUGCUGCAGGCGCAGAGGGAGAACCUGACCAACGGGGACUACGUCUUCUUUUACCUGGACGUCUUCGGGGAGAGUCUCCGCGCGGGCCCCACACGCUCCAUGGGCCGGCCCUGGCAGGAUAAUCGCACCCGGGAACAGGCCCAGGCCCUCAGAGAAGCAUUUCAGACGGUAUUGGUCAUCACAUACCGAGAACCCCCGAAUCCCGAGUACCAGGAAUUCCAGAAUCGUCUUCUGGUUAGAGCGCGGGAGGAUUUUGGCGUGGAGCUGGCCCCUUCCUUGAUGAACCUCAUUGCUGGCUGCUUCUACGAUGGGAUCCUUCUGUAUGCCGAAGUCCUGAAUGAGACCAUACGGGAGGGAGGCGCCCAGGAAGAUGGACUCCGAAUUGUCGAGAAGAUGCAAGGACGAAGAUACCGUGGUGUAACUGGACUGGUCGUUAUGGACAAGAACAACGACCGGGAGACCGAUUUUGUCCUGUGGGCCAUGGGAGACCUGGUUUCCGGGGACUUUCAGCCUGCAGCCCACUACUCGGGAGCUGAGAAGCAGAUUUGGUGGACAGGACGGCCCAUCCCCUGGGUGAAGGGGGCCCCCCCCUUGGACAAUCCCCCCUGUGCCUUUGACCUGGACGACCCGUCCUGUGAUAAAACUCCACUUUCAACUCUGGCCAUUGUGGCGCUGGGCACAGGGAUCACCUUCAUCAUGUUUGGCGUCUCCAGCUUCCUCAUCUUCCGUCCUUACAGAAAACUGAUGCUGGAGAAGGAGCUGGCCAGCAUGUUGUGGCGCAUCCGCUGGGAAGAGCUGCAGUUCGGCAAUUCAGAGCGAUGCCACAAAGGUGCAGGCAGCCGCCUCACGCUGUCGCUGCGGGGAUCCAGUUACGGCUCGCUCAUGACAGCCCAUGGGAAAUACCAGAUCUUUGCCAACACCGGUCACUUCAAGGGAAAUGUUGUGGCCAUCAAACAUGUGAAUAAGAAGCGCAUCGAGCUGACCCGGCAGGUUCUGUUUGAACUCAAACAUAUGAGAGAUGUUCAGUUUAACCAUCUCACUCGCUUCAUUGGUGCCUGCAUAGACCCUCCCAACAUCUGCAUUGUCACCGAGUAUUGUCCUCGUGGGAGUUUACAGGAUAUUCUGGAAAAUGACAGCAUCAACCUGGACUGGAUGUUUCGUUAUUCACUCAUUAAUGACCUUGUUAAGGGCAUGGCCUUUCUCCAUAACAGCAUUAUUGCAUCCCAUGGGAGUCUCAAGUCCUCCAACUGUGUGGUGGAUAGUCGUUUCGUGCUCAAAAUCACAGACUAUGGCCUGGCCAGCUUCCGAUCAACUGCUGAACCUGAUGACAGCCAUGCCCUCUAUGCCAAGAAGCUGUGGACUGCCCCAGAACUGCUCAGUGGGAACCCCCUGCCGACCACAGGCAUGCAGAAGGCUGAUGUCUAUAGCUUUGGGAUCAUCUUACAGGAGAUAGCUCUUCGCAGUGGGCCUUUCUACUUGGAGGGCCUGGAUCUCAGCCCCAAAGAGAUUGUCCAGAAGGUCCGGAAUGGUCAGCGGCCUUAUUUCCGGCCAAGUAUUGACCGGACCCAACUGAAUGAAGAGCUAGUUUUGCUGAUGGAGCGAUGUUGGGCCCAGGACCCAGCUGAACGACCAGACUUUGGACAGAUUAAGGGCUUCAUUCGCCGCUUUAACAAGGAAGGUGGCACCAGCAUUUUGGACAACCUCCUGCUGCGCAUGGAGCAGUAUGCCAACAACCUGGAGAAGCUGGUGGAGGAGCGCACACAGGCCUACCUGGAGGAGAAACGCAAGGCUGAGGCUCUGCUCUACCAAAUUCUACCCCAUUCAGUGGCAGAGCAGUUAAAACGGGGAGAGACUGUACAGGCUGAGGCCUUUGACAGCGUUACCAUUUACUUCAGUGACAUCGUUGGCUUCACAGCUUUGUCGGCAGAGAGCACCCCCAUGCAGGUGGUGACACUUCUUAACGAUCUGUAUACGUGUUUCGAUGCCAUAAUUGACAACUUUGACGUCUACAAGGUAGAGACGAUUGGAGAUGCCUACAUGGUGGUAUCUGGUCUCCCAGGCAGAAAUGGUCAGCGUCAUGCCCCAGAAAUUGCUCGUAUGGCCCUGGCGUUACUGGAUGCAGUUUCUUCCUUCCGCAUCCGCCACCGACCCCACGACCAACUGCGGCUGCGCAUAGGGGUCCAUACAGGGCCCGUCUGUGCUGGGGUCGUCGGCCUGAAGAUGCCCCGCUAUUGUCUCUUUGGAGACACAGUGAACACUGCUUCCCGAAUGGAGUCUAACGGUCAAGCCCUGAAGAUUCAUGUCUCCUCUACCACCAAGGAUGCCCUGGAUGAGCUCGGAUGCUUCCAGCUAGAGCUUCGAGGGGAUGUGGAGAUGAAGGGAAAAGGAAAGAUGCGAACUUACUGGCUCCUAGGAGAGCGGAAAGGACCUGCUGGGCUCCUAUAAACCCUACUUCUUCCCAAGUCAGACAAUCCCCUGCUGCUGGUACCUGGGUGGGCAGUAGCCAUCGUCUCUCCACACAUCAGAAGUGGACAUUGUCACAUGAGAUGGAAACCAACAUGCAUAAAACCCCCACCUUAUAUGGAAACUGUUGCCCUUUGCAGCUCAGUCUUGUACAUAUACCUGUCCCUCUCUGGCCUGGUCCCCUUCCUCCAUACCUUCUGUAAAUAUCUGUAUCUAAACCAGAAUAUUUUGGCCAAAUAUAAAACAAACAAACAAAAACAGU